CCCCAGCCCAUCCCUACACCGGCAUCAGACGAACUGUCUGACUCGGCUUGGGUUGGGCUGAGAAUUUUUACUGGAAUACUUCAUACCAUCAUCCCUUCUCCUCCUGCUAUUAUUAUCACUAUCACUAUCGCUAUCGCUAUCGUUAUCAAUCCUCCUCUGACUUUUUUUGUACAUCACCACUCAAUAGCCAAGAAUUCCCUAAUUCAGAUAAUCAAUUGGAGCUCUUCGAUCCCAUCGACAAACUUUUAAAGAAUGAUGUUCACCUCCUCGUCCUCCUCGUCCUCUUCCGGUUCCAACAGUCCAAUCUCUCAACAUCCUCAGGCAUAUUUCCCAUCUCUCCCUCGUCGGAGAGAGCCUGUAAAAUGCCCUCGCUACUACUCGACUCCAUUGCAAUCUGAUUCCCCCGAAUCGACCCCCCCUCAAAUGUACGGCCUGGAACAGCGGGAGCCAUCGCUCUACGGGGAUAGACCCUCCACGCUUCUGCGUCGAUUCUCCCACGCCCUCGACGACAUUAAAGAAGACUUCUCCCUCCAGCUGGACCCACGUAACACCACCGACAAGAUCCGCAGCAAGCGUCGCCAGUCCACCCUGAUGAUGAUGGACACCAGCGCCCCGGGUUCCCGCGCUGGCUCGCUCUCGGGAUCGGAGAGUCCAGCUGAAGCCCCGCGUGCCCGACCCAUGUCGAUGAUGUCGACCGACAACAGCUUCAUGCCGCCGACGAGAAGAUUGAGCCGGAGACUCACAUUCUUCCGGAAGAACCGGCUUCGCGGCAGCCAGGCGGCGAGCAUCUCGCAGCCGAAUCUGAUCGGAUCGUCGACUCAGAUUUAAACAUUUUAAAACACAACAUAUCAACUCCCCCAACCGACUCGCAAUCGAUAAUCACCAGUCUACACUCCUUUUGCAUUCCACUGCACACACUGUUUUUUUUUUUUUUUUAAUCGCAUCUCGGGCUAUAUUACAAGCAUUCAAAG